AUGCUGACGCGCAUUCGCAACGCUAUCCAGGCCAGGCACCAAACGGUGCUGGUGCCCCAGUCCAAGGUGAAGAUCGCCAUCGCCGACAUCCUGAAGGCGCAGGGCUACAUCCGCGAAUGGGACCAGGCGCGCAACCAGAAAUUCCCCACCAUGCGGAUCCAGCUCACCUACAAGCUGAAAAGGGUCAGCAAGCCGGGACUGCGCGUGCACGUCGGCCGGGGCGAGAUUCCCCGGGUGUAUGGCGGGUUGGGCAUUGCCAUCGUCUCCACCUCCCAGGGAAUGAUGACCGGAUACGAAGCCUGGCGGAAGGGCAUCGGAGGAGAGUUGGUCUGUUAUGUCUGGUAA